UACGGCAUCGUAAACAUUUUUAUAUUCAUUGCCUCGGCCACAUUCGAAUUUUGCGUGUAAUUUCGUAAUGCCGAGAUGGAAAAUCGUUUCAAGGGCGUAAAUGCAUUAUUGUUUGUUCUAUAUUUUGGUGUCUGUGAAUGUACAUUGACGACGGCUGUUAUUAAAGAUGAUACUUCGCCGAAACCCGUUUAUCGUAGAUUGAAUAUAGGAAGGUCAGGAGUGGAUGAAAUACACACCGAUGAAAUGUUUGAUGCGCUUGAUGGGAGGCGUAGGAACAGUAAAACACGCUCACAAAUAUGGGACUGGGAUACUUGGUGCUUACUUCAGCCAAGGACAGGUAGUUGUGGCCAGAGUAUACACAGAUUUUAUUACAAUCGACAAUUGGAAAAAUGCCUACCGUUUGUGUACAGUGGAUGCAAUGCAAAUGAAAAUAAUUUCGAAACAAAAUUAGAUUGUGAACUGCGUUGUACAGGCGUUACCUCGACAAUGAACUCACAUGGAGUUGACCAAGGGCUUUUUUGCCAGUACCAACCUGAUGUGGGAGCAUGCCUAGCCUUUGAUACAAAAUAUUAUUUCGACAUCAAUCAAAACACGUGUUCCAAGUUUGUGUAUGGAGGCUGUGCGGGUAACACAAAUAGAUUCGAAACAAAAUUCCAUUGUAUGGCAACAUGUAAACGAGAACUAUUUUGAAAACUAAUGUUUCUAUAUACGCGAAUAUAGUAGAUUUGAAGUGGA